GUCCUGACAUCAUCACCAUCUCAAAUUCUUGCUUCUUCCAACAACCAAAACAUUUACCAAAAUGGCGUCUCAACCCUCACUUCUCGCCGCCACGGCCAAGCUCAACAAUGGCCUCAUCAUUCCCCGCAUCCAACUCGGUCUCUACAUGAUGUCCACCAAAGAAGCCACCGAUGCAGUUCGUCAAGGCCUUCUCACCGGCUACCGCGGUUUUGACUGCGCACAGAUGUACCACAAUGAGCGCCAAGCCGGUAAAGCCAUCAGUGACUUUCUCGACAGUAGUGAGAACACGGCGGGUUUGAAGCGCGAGGAUAUUUGGUACACCUCCAAGCUCGCCAGCUGCGACGAGUCGUAUGAUGCUGUGCGAAGAUCCGUCAAGAAAUCGGUUGAGGCCUCGGGCUUGGGAUACAUUGACUUGUUCCUCCUUCAUAGCCCGUAUGGUGGAAAGACAGCCAGACUUACGAGCUGGAAGGCCCUUGAAGAUGCUGUUGAUGCGGGUGAAAUUCGCGCUGCUGGCGUCAGCAACUUUGGUUCUGCUCAUAUCGAGGAGCUCAUGUCCUCCAACCCUCGUAUCCCUCCUGUGAUCAACCAGAUCGAAGUCCAUCCUUUCAACACUCAAGAAGGUAUCCGCGCCACUUGCGCCAAGCACAACAUUGCCAUCGAGGCCUACGCUCCCCUCGCUCGAGCUGAGCGUAUGGAUCACCCUGCCAUUGUCAACAUGGCCAAAAAGUACUCCGUUACACCUGCCCAGAUCUUUGUCAAGUGGGGUCUUCAACACGACUUUAUCACCCUCCCCAAGAGUACUAAGCAGAAGCGUAUGGUCGAGAACGCAAGCGUUGAUAGAUUUGAGAUUUCUGAGGCUGAUAUGAAGGAGCUGGAUGGCUUGGAUGAGCAUUUGGUCACAGAUUGGGAUCCUACCGACGCUCCCUAAGUUUUCAGAGAUAGCCAUUGUUAGAAUAUUUAUAUUAAAAGAAUUAUUCAUUUUACAA